UUCAAGCAUGUGCAUUGCACGUGAAACAAACAAACAAACCAAGAUAUCCUCGUUUUUUCCCUCUCUAAAAAGAAUCCGACCCGAAAUAGUGUGGAUUCGGGUAAACGGAUCCUACGGUAAUCUGACCCUUUAACAUCCUCGAUGCUGCUGCCAUCUGCACCCCGGUCACCGGUCUCAUUGCGUCGAACACAUGGCGGAGUCAGGGCGUGGCGCCUUGGGAUAUCCAGAAUUCUGGGAGUUCGCGAGCAGAAAGCAGCAUCCGAUGAGACUACCGAAGCCGUGCCGUCACCGGCGUUGCGACGAUCCAAAGGAGGAGCUCACACGAAGACGCCGAUGGCGCACCCUCAGACGUAUAUUAUAAGGGUGUAGGCGAGUAGUCGAGCGUGACGCAGUUUGCGUAGGGGAGAGAGAGAGAGAUAGAUGGGGAUUUAUUAUGCUCCCCUGCAGCACACAAUUCUCCAAAAUCCUUUCCUUCCCCCGAAUUCCAAGCCUUAAAGCUCGGAUUCAACCCCCAUUCGUGCGGCCUCAGUCACUGUUCUUGUGCCCCCUUUGACUCGAUCUCAGACUUUGAACAGGGGAGUCUGCAUGAGAGUGUGUGACACACCGGGCAGCUUCCUUCCCUGCAAAGCUUUCCCUCAGCAUCCUCCGUGCCAUCUUCUCUUCUCUUCUAUUAGCAUCCCAGUGUGGAACUUGAGCUGGGUUGAUCUGCAGUGGAGUCUAUGACAUGGAUUCCACCAGUGCUCGAGCUAGUCCAUUCUCGAGUCCAAAGCCAGCAGCCUUGCUGAAGAAAGUGGUAUUUACAUGGAGCCAAGAGACUGGAUCACCAGCAUCAGUCUGUGUCCGGAUUCAUGGCAAGAUCUUCAACCUGCACAUGCUGCCCCUGAUCUCAAGGAGUAGGUACUUCAAGAAGGCACUGAUCGAGUCAUCGUCCGACGUCGAAUUGCCUCACAGCUUCCCCGGUGGUUCGGAGACCUUCGAGAUGGUUGCGCUCUUCGCCUACGAUUCUCCGCUUCCUCUCGACCCCUUCAACGUCUCGGCGCUCCGGUGCGCCGCCGAGUUCCUCCAGAUGACGGAAGACCAGACCUCCAGAAACCUGUGCGAGACUUCCGACUUGUACCUCAACCAAGUGGUGCUGCAGAGCUGGGAUGACACGCUGAUAGUUCUCCAGACCUGUCAAACGUUGCUUCCGAUGGCAGAAGAGCUUCUGAUCGUGAGCCGAUGCGUCGAGUCCUUAGCUUUCAUGGCCUGCAUGGAGAUACUCGAUCCGGAGCAGAGGCGAGACCGGCCCGUCCCCACUCUCCAGGCCUUGGCCGGCCGGCCUUGGGACUCCGAGGCGGUGAAGGAGGUUGCCGGGCAAGACCUGUGGAUCAAGGAUCUCAUAGCCCUGCCAUUCCAAUUCUUCAGAAGAAUAAUCCGGUCCCUGAGAAGACAGGGGAUGAAGGAGAAGUACGUGAGCCCCGUCGUCGUCUUCUACGCAAACAAAUGGGUGCUCUCGAAGAAGACUCACAAGUUCUGGGAGAACACAGCCGAAGAAGAUGGAGCUGGCACUGCUGGCAACAAGGUUUCAGCCAUCUUACGAGGCAUCCUCGAGCUGCUUCCAGCUGCAAACAGCGCUGAGAUCGUCCCUGUGACAUUCUACUUCGCAUUGCUCUCGAUGUCGCUUUCGCUUAAUCUGACUGAUAGUAUCAGACUGAAGCUGCAAGAUCUUGUAGCAUAUCAUUUGCACUUGGCUCAAGCGGAAGACUUUCUCCUCCCUGACAACACACUGCAGAACAUAGCAAGCAGUCCCGAGCUCAAAACAAUGGAGAGGGUGGUCUCGAUCCACGUAUCAUCCAGGAACGAGACGACUGCCGCAAAUAGUAGCUCAACUGUUGCAGAACUGUGGGACAUAUAUCUCUCCCAGAUUGCCGUUGACCCAAAGCUUGGACCUGAUCGAUUCAUGAAACUUGUCGAGACAGUACCAAUGGUUGAUCGAGACACCCAUGACCAUCUCUACAAAGCAAUCAACACCUUCUUGUCGGCACAUCCUUGGGUAUCCAAUGAAGAGAAGGCAAGACUCUGCAGCAACAUCAACUGCCAGAAGCUAUCACAGGAGGCAUGCAUUCAAGCAGUUCAAGAUGAGCUGAUGCCACUGCGCCUCAUAAUCCAAGCACUGUUUGUCCAGCAACUGCACACACAACAAGCUUUCAAACAUUGUUCGGAAUCCUUCAGGUACCUUCACUGUGGGGAGUUCUCCGGGAGCAUUCCGAGCUCAAAGUGCCAGGUCCCAAAAAGCCAGAAGCUAGAUGAAAGCCCACACGAUCUCGCCAUUGGAGAGGAGGCUCCUGUUGUGUCUUUAGGCUCCUUGAUGAAAGAAGAUCUUUCUUUAAAGGGGCCUGCACAUGGUAGUAAAGCAGAGAACGAGUCCACAAGAUUUAGAAUUCAGGCACUCGAAAAGAAACUGGCAUCACUGAAACAUAGCCUCCAGAACACAUCAAAGGGUUCAGUCGAAACAGACCUGAAGACGGUAAGCUUUAGGUUGUUUGCUAUGGAGGGCAGCACCGUCGCAAGGAGGAAUCCCUUUGGCCAUGUUAGUGGCUGCAUUGGCUCUCUGAGUUGGACUGCACAAAGGAAAUAUGCAAAUAGAUUGCUGAAGGUUUUCAGAAAAAUAGCCAUGUUAGGAAAAGGCAAGUCAAAAGUUCAACAAAUGGCUUCCGGUCAUCCAAAUGGUUCACUUUCUUGUAGAAGCAAAUCCUUACAUUAGAUGCAUGAUUGCUGAACCAUGAAAGUGUUUAUGGACACUGAUGCUUUGAUGUUUGUCAGGAACUUAAGAAGAAAUCCAGCAAUAAUAGUACAUACUGUUUUUGUAAGACUACUUUCAGGAGAAACAUGUCUAGUUGGGUAUCUUAUACUGUUUGCCACGGAGCAAACUUUGGAGAUUGAAAUAAAGUAGUUAUACAGAUUUGAUUUGUCAGCUACACAUUAAGAAAGAAAA